CUUAUUGAUUUUGUUGUGUACCAGAACUUUCUGAGUUUUACUGUUACUAUUAGCAAGGCAAGGGAAAGGGGGUUGGUGGCCUGGGAGACGGACGCUAGAAAGAAAGAAAGGAAGGAAGGAAGUGAGGGGUAGAGAAAGAUGAGCAAGAUCGGAAGAAGAUUCGAGGGAAAGGUAGCUAUCGUCACCGCUUCCACUCAGGGUAUUGGGUUCGCCAUCGCUCAACGUCUUGGCUUAGAAGGCGCCUCCAUUGUUAUCUCCUCUCGCAAGCAGCAAAACGUAGAUGAGGCAGUUGAGAAGCUCCGAGCACAGGGCAUCCAAAACGUGAUCGGUGUAGUUUGCCAUGUCUCAAAUGCACAACAGAGGAAGAAUCUCAUUGAGAAAACUGUCGAGAAAUAUGGGAAAGUAGAUGUGGUUGUAUCCAAUGCUGCUGUCAACCCCUCCACUGAACCCAUUAUAAAUACAAAGGAUUCCGUCCUCGAUAAGCUCUGGGAGAUUAAUGUCAAAGCUUCUAUCCUUCUCUUGAGGGAUGCAGCUCCGCACAUGCCAAAGGGUUCCUCAGUUGUUCUGGUGUCCUCUAUUACUGGCUACCACCCACCAUCAUCAAUGGCUAUGUAUGGAGUCACUAAGACCGCCCUUCUCGGCCUUACCAAGGCGCUUGCAGCUGAGAUGGCACCUGAUAUUCGAGUGAACUGCAUAGCUCCUGGUUUCGUGCCAACACACUUUGCUUCUUUCAUAACGGAGAAUGAUGAAAUGAGAAAAGAACUUGAGGCGCAGACGUUAUUGAAUAGGCUGGGCACGACAGAAGACAUGGGCGCUGCAGUAGCGUUUUUGGCAUCAGAUGAUGCUUCAUACAUAACUGGUGAAACUCUAGUGGUGGCUGGGGGAAUGCCAUCUCGGCUUUAAGAUGGAGUUAGUGUGUUGUUUAUCUUGUAAUCAAUCCCCGAGUCAAGGUGCCCUUUUAUCCAUCUCUUGAGCAACCAAUAAUAGAGAAAAACGAUUUCUUCAUAUGCGUGUGUACUGUGUUGUGUAAUGCAUCUCUGUGGCUGAGACCAAUCUAGUCUGCUAUUUGGAUGGACGAUUCUUGUGUAGUAAACUGCAUCCGAAAGAAAAAUUGCAACUCUAUAUGGCCUUUUUCACCCUCCUAGCUAUAUGCAAUACCAGCUCAUAUGACUAGGAUUAUUGGAGAGUCAAACUCUUGCUCUAUUUCAUCUCAUGUGCCCAAAUCCAUGCCAAAGCCAAACUAGACCUCAAGAUCCUCUUGCCAAAGCCAAACUUGAACCAAAUCUCGGUGUUCGUGUUCGGAGAUCACGACCCAAGACUCCAGAGAACCAGAUCAGGAACAUGCCUCGCUCGAAUGAGCAGAUGUUCUCUCCCUAAACUCAUGCCAACAUCUGCUCUGAACAACAGGACAGACAGGCCACGAGAAUUUGACUGGUUAAGAAUAUCUCCAAGAGCCAAAUGCAGAAAAUUCAGGAUGAGAAAUCAUGAUCAUGGUAGCCGCUCUGCGUAAAUGGAAGACAUGCAGGAAGAUGAAGCGAGUAGCUAGCUGACAGACAUUAAUUGGACAUAAUUCAGUAGCCGGCUCUCUCCAUCUGUUGUGCCAUUGACAAAGCUCCGUUCUCUCAAACAAUUUGGCAACUUCCCCAAGGAUAAACUCAAUAUGUCGUUUCUUAGAGAGAUAUAUCCAAGAAUACAUUAUAUACUGUUUAACAAAAGUGAUUGGUCUAU